GCCAAAUAGAAAGAGCUGCUUCUAGUCAUAACAAACUACAUCAGCGACUGGACUGUUCCUCGUCUCCAUCUUCACCUAUGAGUGACCUGACCCGUCCAGCCCUCUCACACGGAGACGGAGCACCGCGCUGUUUGGACGACGACACAAGCUGAAAGCAAACAUGGAGGCAGACCUUCUGAGCAUAUGGCCGCGUAUGGAACCCUUCCUACUGGGUGCCCUACAGGUGGCCCCAUCUUCCAAGCUCGGCCUGCACUAUCUUCGGAAGAUGGCGAUCUACGUGCGAACCCGGGAUGGCUGCUUCCCUGUUUUGGGCUGGCCAAUGUGGCGGCAUAUCGCAUGUGGAAAGCUACAGCUUCCAGAAGAGCUCGCUUGGCUCUACUUUGAGACCUUCGACCUUCAUAUUGGCCACACACCUGAGGAGAGGUUGGAGUGGGCGGAGUGUCUUUCCCAGUGCACUUCAAAAUGCGAGCUGGACCAACAAAGGAACAAGCUGUCUGUGGACACACUACGGUUCCUCCUCUUCCUCUACAUCCAGCAGCUGAACCGUGUGUCUCUGCGAACCUCUCUGAUCGGUGAAGAGUGGCCCAGUCCCCGCACUCGCUCCCCCUCUCCAUCAGACCGAGAGGCCAAGACCAGCUCCCAGAACAAGAACUGGGAUGACCAGGCCCACCUGUCAUUCGUGCAGAGCCAUCUAGCUGAGAUUUUGGAGCUGCUGGUGGAGCCAGGCCAGCUGUCACACUCUGGACAGGCCCUGCGAGACUGCCAGAUAUCCCUGGAGGCUGUGCGGAGCUUGGGCCUGCUCUUGGAGGGCUCGACUAGCCACGCCAGAGUUGUUCAGCCUGUCCACAGGCUGCUGACCAAAGGCCCCCUCCAGACAACAGCUGGCUACUGUGCACUCAACCGCUCCUUCCCCCUGCACAAGCUACUCUCCUGUCUCCAACACAGCCUGACACUCAACCCUUUUGGGAUAACUGCCUGCUUGCGCUCGGGAAAGAAACUAGCCUGGGCCCAACAAGUGGAGGGGGCCAUGAAGAGAGCCAAGAUAGCCCGAAACACCCAUAUGGCUCCACCUGGCAGUAAGAUGGUGCUGAUGUCCCAGGUCUUUAAACAGACCCUAGCCAAAACCUCUGACAAGCUGACUGGUGCCAACAUCAAAAUCCACAGAUGCUCUGAUGCCUUCAUAUACCUGCUGUCACCUCUCAGAUCAGUCAGCGUGGACAAAUGCAGAGACAGCACGGUUGUUCUGGGUCCUGUUGAGACCAACGUCCACAUCUACAGCUGUCAGAACGUGCGGGUGGUGUGCGUGGCAGGCAGGAUUGCUAUCGGAGCCUCCUCGCGCUGCACCAUCCACGUCUUGACGCCCACCCGCCCUGUGCUGCUACCUGGAAACACAGACAUUACCCUGGGGCCUCUUCACACUUUUUACCCUUCGUUGGAGGAUCAUAUGGCCAGUGUGGGGCUGGCUGUGGUCCCCAACGCCUGGGACCAGCCCUUGCUUCUGGGGGCCGAGGGCCUUGUCAACACUUCGCUCAACACCCCUUCAAAUCCAGACUCUGCUUGCUACCGCCUUCUGCCCCCAGCUGAGUUUCACACUCUAGUUGUGCCUUUCCAGAUGGAGGGGGACACAUGUGAGGUGCCGGGGGGAUUGCCUCCUCUAUAUCAGGCAGCAGUUGAUGAAAAGCAGAAGAGGAUACAGAACUGGCAGAAGACUGUGAUGGAGGCACGGCUAACCAAGGAGCAGAAGCGUCAGUUCCAGGAGAUAGUGGAGGUCAAGUUCCACGAGUGGCUUCUGGAGACGGGGCACAGGCAGGAACUCGACAGCCUUAUCCCACCCACGAUAGCCCCUCCGAAGGCCUCCGACGGGCCCUCGACGGACACGCCCCAAGUUAAUGAUAACAAAUAUAUUAAGACUGGACGGGCAGUGGGACAGUCACCUAUGGCUUGUUGAAUAUUUGGGUUUUCCUUUUUUGGGGCUUUGACAGCAGAAUAAUUGUGCCUGUAAAUUAAAGUAGCGUGACAGUUUGCACUUAGUCUUAUUGAGACAUGGAGCUUCUGUAAGUUCUUACAAACUGAGGAGGAUAUUUACUGCAAGUGUUAUAAUUUGUUACUGAUACUGAUGCAACUUUCAACAAGCUUUUAUUGCAACUUAUGCCCACUCAUUCUCAAGUGGAAGGCUGGUUUGGGCUGCUUUAGAUUCCCGUCUUAAGAAAAGGCAGCUAAGUCCUCAGUGCAUCUGAAUAGAGUAGGGAGUGGAUUGGCAUGCUGCAAAACAACAUCACAAGCACUUUUUUUUGAGGGGAGGUGUAAAAAUAACAAGGGUGUAACAUUGUUGAAGUCAUCACAGGAUUACAGGGUGACAUUAUGAAUAAGUGUCAAAAAAGAAGGCAAAGCUGAGGAAGGAAUACAGAAAGACAAGCACCAUGAUUGACUGACAGACUGGAGCAACCUGUCCUGUCCUCGAGGCAUUUAUAGCUCCUUAAUGUAUAAUAAUUCUCAAAAUCUACAUGAAAAGAUAGUUUGGCAAUUAUAAUGAACUACUCAAUGUUGGGUGUAAUAAAGUUAUUAAUUUUUAUUUCACGACAAAAGCAAAAAAAAUUGCAUAAACUAAAUACAGUCAGAUAUCUUGGAGGCGUAAUGUAGUGACCUUUAGUGCUACUUAAACUUGAAGCUCUCAUUGUUAUUCCACCUCUCUGCAAUGGUGGUUUCGGCUUUAGGGGAAACUGGAUAAAAAUGGUCAUGUUCCUGCAGCACCAAGACAGUUGUUGCCAUCUUCCAUAUAGUGUGAGGUGAUUGCUUAUGUCCAUUUGAAUAGACGACAUGCUAUUGUCUGUCAAAAAACAAAAAUCUACAUGCUGUUUUUUUUUUUUUGUAUUUAAUUUCAUUAAUGGUAGCUGGCAUGUGCUGGAGAAUGUAGAUGUUAAAUAUAUUUGACGCUUGGGAUAUGAAAGAAGUUAACUAGUAUUUCUCUGUUUUAUUGAGUAUAAAAGAUUGAGGUUGUAAACUUUUUCUGUUUUGUGAAGUAAGGGAUGUUAAUAUAAUUUAUUGCAGGUACCAGUGAUUGCACAAUCUAAAACUUUUCUUUUAGGUCAUUUUUGGCAUUUUUUUUGUUGCCUUUAUUCAAUAGGUUAAAGUGCAUAGAGGCAGGAAACAGAAGUAAACAGAUGAAGUUCAACAGGUCUGUAUAAUAAAUAUUAAUUAUGUUCAACAAGGUGAGUCAACAGUUAAUAACAGAUUCCUGUAGCUGAUCUGCUCUCUUGGGGCUGUACAUGCCUGUUGAAUUUCUUGCCACGCCCCAAUUGUGAUAUGUAUACAGUUUUUACCAGGUGUCAAAAGCUAACGUCAGCUCUGACAUCAAUGACUGAUGUGACCACAAUGACUAACAUGAAUGACAUUGCAGCAUCUGUGAUUUUGUGCGGAUUUAUCCUUAAUGUCUCAGUACAACAGAACAGCUGUGUGUAUUCAGUCACCUGGGGUCAUUUUUUACAUGGUUAGUUUGCAGAAGUGCUGCCAGAUGUGCUUCUAUAUGCAUAUUUCUGUAUGAAUAUGUAUAUUUAUCAGCGUUAUAGUGAUUAUUUUUCAUCAAUGUAAAUUGCCUCCAGAAUCAAUUUUUUUUUAGCAUUUUACCUAUAAGUGUACUUCCUGUUCCUGCACUUCUACUCAUUACAGCAUGCACAGAAUAGGGCACGCAUUACAUUCAAUUGAACAGCUGCAUCUUCAAGGUAACAUUUUGUUACUUAUGGGAAGUGAAGAAAGGGUUGAUAAAAAAAUAUGUACUGUUAAGGUGUGUCAAAUUAAAGAAUAUUACGAUGCAAGUUUUCAAAAUGCUGGAGUGUCUUAAUUUUCAAGAUGUCAUUACACUGUAAAAAGCGUUUACUUUGUUUUGAAUGCAGGCAUCACUAUGCAGUUACUGUAUGAAGAGCACAAUAUAGUUUUGAUUGUAAAAAAUAAAAAUAAUGAAUAAAGACUGA